AUGGGAGCCCCCAGGAUAAAGGUGUCCGUUAUCUCGCGGCUACUCGUGCUCCUAUUGUGCAUCCCCCCCUCCCACGCGCAGGACGAGUACUCUGGUUACCACUCAGGUGAUGAACACACCUAUGAGGGCUCCUUGGUCGACAACUAUGAGCAUUCAGGAUACCCACAACCAGAGGAAUACCCACCGGAGCACACUCACAGCUAUGAGGAGCAGCAACCCUCAUCUGGAUAUGACCCCUAUGUACCAGCCCCCACCAGCGUGAGCAUGAUCACAGAGGACUCCUACCCCUACACCACCACCACACAGGUGCCAUACGAGCAGGAGCCCUACUACGAAGAGUCGCUCCAGGCCCCUGGUGGUGGGGAGGCUUCUCUGGGGGAGGAGGGGCCAACAGACUGUAACUGUGAGCCAGGAGAGCCAGGGUUCGCUGGGUUUGCAGGGCCCAAGGGAGCCAGAGGACUGCAAGGUAAAGAUGGCUUCCCUGGGGCUCAAGGACGCGAGGGGUACAAAGGAUACAAAGGAGUUCUAGGAAGAGGAGGAGACACAGGGCCUGAGGGUGACUCCGGGCCUGAUGGGGAGGAUGGUGCCUCUGGUUUCUCUGGAGCCCAGGGCUUGCCUGGUCUUCCUGGCGAUCCAGGUGAGACUGGGGUGCUAGGUCUGAAGGGUGACAUCGGUAUGGAGGGGCCACGCGGAGGAGUCGGGGUAACGGGUGAGACUGGUCCAGUUGGUGAGGCAGGGCCUGGUGGGCCUGAUGGAACUGGAGGUAUCAAGGGAUCAACUGGAGCAGAAGGGAAACAGGGUCCUGAGGGAACAGACGGGGAAAAGGGUCAGAUUGGAGCACCUGGAUUCUCAGGAGACCAUGGGGAGAUGGGCUAUAAUGGGUAUCCUGGAGAGCCAGGAGGCAGAGGAGAGACCGGUCACAAGGGUGACCAAGGCCCAGGGGGCAUGCCAGGCAGUGAUGGGGAGCCUGGAGAGGAUGGUCCUCUUGGAGUUCCUGGGGUGAUCGGCUUUCCUGGAGAGUUUGGACAAAAGGGCGCGAGAGGGGAUCGUGGUGUGAGGGGACCUCUUGGGAGAGUAGGAGCUGGGGGGCCUCAAGGAGAGAGGGGAGAUGCAGGAGUUCCAGGGAAACCAGGACCUAAAGGCCUGCAGGCCCAGCCUGGAGCCAAAGGGGAGACAGGUCCCGAUGGUGAUAAGGGUGGGGUUGGAAUAACUGGAGUGAAGGGAGGGAAAGGAGACAAGGGAAGUUUUGGAGCACAUGGUGACAAAGGGAAGCAAGGGGAGAGAGGUACCAUCGGCCCUGAUGGCAUUGUUGGACGAAAUGGACCCCCCGGUAUCCCAGGCUCCAGAGGAGAGCCAGGUCCAGGCGGUGACCUGGGCGUCAAAGGUGGCUCUGGACCUAAAGGAGUGCCAGGUGCCCCUGGCCCUGGGCUGACAGAUGAGCAGGUAUUGCAGCUGUGUACAGGAGUGGUGACAGCCCAGAUCUCCCAGUAUGCAGCUUCCAUCCGGGCCAAGUGUUCCCAAGGCUGCCCCAUCAACAACCGCACACUCAUUGGGCCGCCCGGAACCAGGGGACCAACUGGAGAAUCAGGCAAACCCGGUAAAGUGGGCAAAGCUGGAGUCAAAGGAGGCAGGGGCAUCCAAGGGGACACAGGAGUGGAUGGUCAGAAGGGGGCAGAGGGUGAAAGAGGAACAAAAGGUCCGAAAGGAAAGGGGGGUGAGCCUGGUAAAGGUCUGCCAGGACACGAUGGGCAUCAAGGCCUCAGAGGGAUGCCAGGCCACCCAGCAGAGCCAAAUAAUGGUAUGGCAGGUCCCAGAGGGCCCCGUGGUUUCACAGGCGCUUUAGGUCAGCCUGGCAUGGCGGGCAACGCAGGAGUGCCCGGCUUCUGUGAGGCACGGGACUGCAGCAUUCACGCGCCUGUGAUGCGCAAGGAGCAGGGCCUAGUGAAGGGACCCCGUGAUCUAAGCCCCAAGAUCUAACCCCAACAAGGAGCUUCAGGAAAAUGUGAAGGAAUGGUCAACGAUGAGGGGUCAUGUUGGACGGUCGCUCCAUGGCAACGUUGGGGUUAAUUCCAUUCACAUCUCAGCCAUACCAGGAAUUGAAGUUGACAUUGAGUUUAACUGGGAAAUGACCAAUGUGUACAGCGUUGAUCUUUUUGAAUUUCAUAGCUAAUUCAAUUCCUGUAAUGACUGAUAUUGAAAUGGAAUUAAUCUGAGCAUUGUUCAAUGUGGCUCACCAGUGUUGGAAGGGUUUGGUGGGACACGCUGGACUCUGCACAGGGAGAUGAAGGCUCCCAAUGAACUCUAAUGUUUAGGCAUAAUUGAUCACUUUUUUUUCUAGGCGAAAACAAUCCUUAUGAAUUUUUUAUGCUAAAACAAAAAAUUCAAUUGUCUUCCUCCAAGCAAACCGUAAGUAAAGGGGCUUGAGAAACUGGCUAAAAGAAAUUGGCAGAAAAUGAAACUUGCAGGUGUCUCUGGCUACCAGUCAGGUUUUGUUUUUGAUAUGAUCAACAAUGCUGCGCUUACAUGGAAAAUAAAAAGUUAUGUAAAUAAUUUUGUAAAGUAUCGCAAGUACAUGUACUGUGUGUUCUGAAAUAUCACUGUUUUAGAUAAAUUCUGUCUUACUUUUCUUAA